AUGCCGAACACAGCGGGCAGUGGGUUCCAAUGGGACAAGCUUUCGCCCGCUGAAUUUCAACAACUACAGGAGUUAACGUCGUAUUCGACCAGAAAACUACAGGAUGUGCUCAAAGAGUUCUGCGAAGUUAAAAAGCAAAGUUCAGAUGGGGAUAUCGACUAUGAAGGUUUCCGAUGGUUUUUGGACACGUUCCUUGAAGUCACUACUCCAGAUGAACUUUCCAGACAUCUCUUCCUCUCAUUCGUGCGGAGGGACAAGCGACCUGCGCUACGUGAGAUGGCAGCGGCGAGCUCGACCACAGCCUGCGCAGCCGUAACCGCCCACGCUGAUCACCAAGGGAAACUUAGUUUAGCAUCCAAGAUACAUGGACUGGCCGAACGCUUGCAACAACUUGGAAAAAGUUCUGGUGACUCCGUAGAUGGUAGUGACAAGGGUUCUCGAAGUAGAACAGGCAGUGUCCAUCCAAUGUUGUCCGUCACAACGCACCCGUCGUACUCCUCACACGAACUUUGCCUUGGACGGUUGGAGACCAGCCCAAGCCAUAGCCAAAUGUCACGGAAUUCUAGUAGGAAAAGCAGCAAUUCUUUACGCGUCAACCAGAAUACGAAAAUUGAAGAUUUCAGACAUCUAAUGCGUCGUCCGUCGACAAUAGAAGUUCACACAGCGCAUGUAUCUUUGAAGGACAUCGUAUGCUAUUUGUCGUUAUUGGAAGCUGGGAGACCAGAAGACAAAUUGGAAUUUAUGUUUCGUCUCUACGACACGGACGGUAACGGGGUGUUGGAUACUAACGAAAUGGACUGCAUCGUAAAUCAAAUGAUGACUGUGGCUGAGUAUCUCGGAUGGGAGACUUCGGAACUUAGGCCGAUUUUACAAGACAUGAUGGUUGAAAUAGAUUACGACGCUGAUGGCACUGUGUCCCUUGACGAAUGGAAAAGAGGAGGUAUGACAACAAUACCCCUAUUAGUGUUACUCGGCUUAGAUACGAAUGUAAAGGAAGAUGGCGAGCACGCUUGGCGUUUGAAACAUUUUAACCGACCUGCUUAUUGCAAUCUAUGUCUCAACAUGUUGGUUGGUUUAGGGAAGAAAGGGCUUUGUUGUAUAUUGAAGCUGGUAAAAAUUUGGUUGAAGAAGUUAACAUAUUUCUCAGUCUGCAAGUUCACGGUACACGAGCGAUGUGUCCAGAGAGCCCCGGCCUCAUGUAUCGCUACAUAUUCCAAAUCAAGACGUGCACCGGCAACUCUUGCACACCACUGGGUUGAAGGAAAUUGUCAUGGAAAAUGUGCAAGGUGUCGAAAGAAAAUUAAAGGCUACAACGGCAUAACCGGUCUUCAUUGCCGCUGGUGUCAUAUCACUCUCCACAACCGCUGUGUGGGGAGUGCGGGGGGCGCGUGCACGCUCGGACGUCACGCGCGGCACAUCCUGCCGCCAACCGCCAUCCGCCCGCUGGUACUCGACCGCCAGCGCUCUCUACCACACCGACCUAACAACGAACAGCAAACCAUCCCAGUAUCACUGUCUUUACCCAUCUCUAUCGCGGCCUCUACUGAAGAGAAGACAGAAGAGAAGAAAGAAAGAGAGCACCGAGCUCCACCUAUCUCUUUCCAAAUUACUCCGCCGGAAGGAACUUGUCCUCUACUGGUUUUUAUAAACCCAAAGUCUGGGGGGCGACAAGGUUCCAGGGUGCUUCGCAAGCUCCAGUAUAUUUUGAACCCCCGACAGGUGCACGAUAUAGCGAAAGGAGGUCCCAUGCAAGGUUUACAAAUGUUUAAAGAUGUCAGAAAUUAUAGAGUGAUAUGUUGUGGGGGAGAUGGGACAGUUGGAUGGGUUUUGGAAACAAUGGAUAAAAUCCAAAUGGAAACUCAACCAGCCGUAGGCGUCAUACCUCUCGGUACGGGAAAUGAUUUGGCCAGGUGCCUUCGAUGGGGCGGCGGGUAUGAAGGCGAAUCUAUACACAAGAUAUUGGACAAGAUAGCUCGAGCGAGCACCGUCAUGAUGGACAGGUGGCAGAUACACGUGGAAAACUCAUCAGAUGAAUGCGAACACGUCCAGAUGCCGGACUCAGCGCCGCACCCGACGACCGUUCCUUAUAACAUCAUCAACAACUAUUUCUCUAUAGGCGUUGACGCUGCAAUAUGCGUUAAAUUCCAUACGGAGAGAGAACGUAAUCCGGACAAAUUCAGUUCACGGAUGAAGAAUAAACUGUGGUACUUCGAGUUCGCUACUUCUGAACAAUUUGCUGCCAGCUGCAAGAAUCUCCAUGAAAACAUUGAUAUUGUGUGUGACGGAUCAUCAUUAGAACUAAGCAAAGGUCCAGCUCUUCAGGGUGUUGCUUUAUUAAAUAUACCAUAUGCUCAUGGCGGGUCUAACUUAUGGGGAGCGAGUGGAGCUCAUCGACGUGGACGGUUCCCGAACGCACAACAAGAUAUCGGCGACAAACUCAUUGAAGUUAUAGGAUUGGAAAAUUGUUUACAUAUGGGACAAGUGAGAACUGGCCUACGAGCUUCAGGCAGGCGGUUAGCACAAUGCAGUUCUAUCACCAUAACCACUAAGCGUACUUUCCCGAUGCAGAUCGAUGGCGAGCCGUGGAUGCAACCGCCUAGUAAAAUUACAAUUACUCAUAAGAACCAAGUACCAAUGCUAAUGGGUCCAGCGCCAGAAAAGGGGAGGAGCUUCUUCAAACUUUUCACACAUUGU